GUCCCACUGACGCGUGGGCCCAAAGGGAAUAAAAAAGCACUAGGAAAGAGCUUUUAUCCUCCCGGUCGUCAAGAACCAAGAGCCACAGGGCUGUGGGGCCCAUCCCCCACGCGAGAACGCUUCCCGUUCCCCGCCCCGCCGCCUGACCACUAUAUAUACCCCGCCUGCUUUCCUCCUCCCCCACCCUUCGCCUCCAGGCCUUUCCUCCCACGCGGGCAAAGAAAUUGUUUGUUUAGAGCAAAGGCAAGCGCCGCGGCUGCGUCUCCGCCCGCACCGAAGCUGCCGUGCAGGGACUCCCCCCAAAAAUUUCCACCGGAAUCGAGCGGUUCUGCGGUGAAUCGCGCCGAUUUGGGACCCGGAUCGGCCGCGCCGCGAGGUUAAGGGCAACCAGGUUCAUUUGAUUGUUCGUUUCAUGGCUAGAAACCAUCACAACCAUCUGCAUCUGCCAGAGAUGGAGCAUAUUCAAUCCAUGAAUGGAGCACAAAAUGAAAUCCUGCCUUUAGGUCAGAAGCUACUUAUGCAUCCUGGAAGUGAUGCACCCUUUAGAAUUGGUCCUUCUGGCCAUGGAAGUCUGUCAAUCAGAUCAGAUGACUUUUCAUCUUCAAGUCAUGCUGUGCAAUAUGGUCAUAGAGUUGGGGCAGGGAUCUCACACGUUCCCUUUGUUCCUUAUUCUGCUGGAAGUUCUAGCAGUCAUUUACCCUAUGAUGCUAAACCAGAACCUGCUGUAAGUUAUCCACAUAGAUCUGAGGAAGGCUCUGCUCCUAUUAUUCAUCUGGACAACAGAAGUGCCACAAUGAAACGAAAACAUCCCAUUAUUCAUCCUGUCGAUGGGACCAGUGCUGGUGAUCAUUAUGUUGGAAGCUCUUCCAAUACUCAGUUAUCUAAUUAUAUGCAUCCAGAUCCUUCUUCAGUCACUGAGCCUAUGCAUGCUCAAAUGCCUUUAAGCAUUGGCCAUAGCAAUUGGAAUGGCCAGCGCGUAGCUAGUCAAGAAGGGUCACAGAGGAAUGUCAGAGCACGCCACAAUCGUAAUAUUUCCUUGGAACCUAGAUCAACUUCAACUUACACAUCAAACAACACUCAUCCGUUGUCCUUCCAUUCAACUGCAAGUGCUUCCCUAAGUACAUCAGUUGAAAGGAACCAUUCACCUAUUUCUAUGCCAACAAGACCUAUACCUUCAGGUGCCCCUGGAAUCACUAGCAGGGCUUUGAUGGAUAGGCUUUACUAUCUUGAUAUGCAAAGCAGCAAUUCUGGUGUUGCUGCUGUCCCAACUAUCCAUGGUUCAUAUGGCAGUGCGACAUUUAGCAACGGUGCCUAUGCUCCUAGAGCUGUUCAUAGUGACACUGUUCCAACCCAUAUGCAUCCAGCUUCUGCAGCUUCCUCCAGCUCUAGAGCAGUUCCCCACGAGGCAGUCAUUCGGAGCUAUCCACCUGCUUCCGCUGCUGAUACCUCAACUUCUGUGCGGAUGAAUCAGCCAUCUCCUACCAUAGCUGUUGGAUCCUCUAGGCAUGCAAGGCAUGUAUCGGUUGGGCAUGCUAACAGUGGAAGGAACAGAAGGGCGAGGAGCUCUUACUAUGGUUUUCAUCCUCUGAUGAUUGAGGCAGAGCGGUUUAUGAUGAUGGACCAGUUAGUUUUUCAUGAACCAAGGAUAGCAGCUGACCCCCACAGGGACAUGAGACUAGACAUUGACAGCAUGAGUUAUGAGGACCUGUUGGCAUUGGGAGAUUUUAUCGGUAAUGUCAACACAGGCUUGGCCGACGAAAAAAUUUCAGGCUGUGUGAAAGAAGUAGUCUGUUGCAGUCCUGAUCAAGCGCAAAACGAUCAAGAUGAUGGUAGCUGUGUAAUUUGCCUGGAGGAAUACAAAGAUAAGGAUUUGCUAGGAGUACUGAAAUGCAAUCAUGACUUCCAUGCCGACUGCAUCAAGAAGUGGUUGCAGAAGAAGAAUUCAUGCCCCGUGUGCAAAGCAACUGCGGCUUAGGACACUAGAGGGAACAUUAAUUGUGUUCCUCCAUUUAUUUUAGGCUUAGAUCAAAUCAUACCAUUCUAUUCCUUUGCUCUUAGUCAUGUAAAUAAAUGCUCUAAGGUUAAUUAUUUUGUCCGUUGCGGUAGCUGAAAUUAUUUUGUUGUACUGUUACAAGUCAAUUGUGAAAACAAUUAUUCUUUAAGUGGUUUACAUGUUCAUAUCGGGAACAGUAAUUGUGUUCCUCCAUUUAUUUUA